AUGGACAAAUUGGCUAUAUGGCUUACAUCCUUGCUACUUUUGGCUGUCUUCCAUUUGGUUUCUCUAACAACCCUGCCCAAUGAGGAAUGGGAUGAAUAUAAGAUCUUAUUUGCCAAAGUCUAUUCGAGUAGCAUUGCCGAAAGAAAUGCUCUCUACCAUUAUGGCCACAACAAGAAUUUGAUUGACCAGCAUAAUGCCAAGUAUGACAUGGGCCAGAAAACGUUCAAGUUGGCCAUAAAUCAAUUUACCGAUAUGAAUCCAACACAAUUAAAUGAGUUUUUUCCGGUUGCCACGCCUCUUGCGUUAUCCCAUGCCACUCCCGCUUUUCCGGUUAUGACAGGUGUUUCCUCAUAUAACCCCGCUGAUUUCGGCUUCUCUUUCCUGGUGGAAGAUCAAGGCACAAAAUGUAACAGUGGCUGGGCCUAUGCCACCGCUAAGGCCAUUGAAAUUAUGAAAGCGAAUAUAAUGGGAGAUAUAGUUCCAUAUUCUCUGUCGGCUCAAGUUAUGAUUGAUUGUGCGGGUAGUUCAAGAAGCUGCAUCGAUCAGGUACCCCAAACGGCCUUUGACUAUUUAACCCAAUACAACCAGAGACUGUAUAAUGAACGUGACUACAGGAACACCAUGCAACUGGAUAGACCGAACAUGUGCAUAUUUCUCGCAGGGGCUCCCUUUACAAAGCUAGCCCAGUACUCGGUUUUGAACAGUGAUGAGGAAUUGAAAAAUUAUGUGUCCGCUAGACUUCCUGUAGUGGUGGAAGUUAAUCCUACCUCCUUUGAGUUUCUACACUACUCGGCCGGUGUCUUUCAGCCUCCCAGCACUACAACCAAUGGCUCACAUUUUAUGACGGUGAUUGGUUAUGAUGCUGAUUAUUGGAUUCUGCAAAAUUCUUUUGGCCACAUGUGGGGCGAAAGAGGGCCUUCUUACCAGACUGUGUUUGAGACCGUGACCAGUAGAAAAUGUACUCCUAUUCAAGUACACUUAAAAAAUCACACCUUUCCUUUCGAUUACUUUUUCACCGAGGUAGUGUUCAUAGGAAAAAUCUAA